AUGGGUCGUGGAAAACUAACCAUGAAACUCAUGGAGAGUGAGAAAUCUCGUAAUGUGACUUUUCAGAAGAGAAAGAAGGGCCUAAUGAAGAAGGCUUAUGAGUUCUCCACCCUCUGUGGAGUUGAAACCUGUAUGAUCAUCUAUGGUCCUAAACUUCAAAUUCGACCAAUGGAGCUUGAAACUUGGCCCCAGAACCAUGAAGAAGUUGUCAAAAUGAUCAACAAGUACAAGGUCAAUAUUAGGCAUAAACGUUCUAGGGGAAGCACUACUUCGUCCGACAUUUUUCAAGAGAGGAACAAGAAGGUAGACAUUGAGAUUUCAAGAUUACGCAAGAACAUUUUCAAUGCAAAGUACCCAACAUGGGAUGAUCGCAUUGAAACUUUGCCUCGGGAUCAACUAAUGGCUGUUCUUGAUGUUUUGGAUGCAAAGUUUGAAGCUAUGACAAGGAGGAUGAAGAUGUUGCAAGGAAAGCAGCUUAUGGUAGGUGGUAAUGUUUCUCAUAACCCUGAAUUAACCAAAAAUCAUUUUGAUAACAUGCAAAUGCAAGCCUUACGGUGUCAAGACUCUUCAAUAAAGCCACUUGAUAUUCAGUGGCCAACUCAGUUCCAAACCACCCAAGGAUCUCACAUGGUACCAAUUGAUAAAAGUCAUUAUGGUGAUCAUAUGGACAAUUCUUUCCUGAAUCUUUUGUAUGGUGAGGAUUGGACUCAAUUUAAUGCAGUGCCUUCCAACAAUAUUGUUCAAUAUGCUCCAUUGAAUGAUCCGUCUAAUUACAAUAUGAUACAUGGCAUGUUGGAGAACACAAUAUUGAACAAUCCUAGUGCCUCCAUGAAUUACUAUGACCUGACCAGACAAUUCAGUACUCCACAAUAUGUGCAGUACCCGAUGCUGCCAAAUAUUUCAUCUCAAAUGCCUGGUUUUCAAGUGAAUGAGUUAUAUGAUAUCAGCCAGUUUAAUAUAAAGAACAAGAAUGCCAUGAUUUAG